AUGGCGCUGACCUCCAGUCUCUUCCAGUGCGGAGAUCCGAAAAAGUGGCAGCAAGUUUCUGAUGUCUACUGGGAGGUGGUGGAGGCUGUGGGGGCCAAGAAGAAGCGAUUAGUGGAGCUGGACAGAUGGGUCCAGGAGGAGCUGCCGAAGACCAUCUCUGCACGUGCUCAGAGAUCCCUGAAGCAGGAGGAGUUGGUGAAGCUGAUGGAGUGGAAGCUGCUGAGGGGGAAGUUCCGCCCUCGUUUACAGCAGAUGGCGGCCUCUAACCCGGAGAGUACAGUGGAGAGCUGCACCAGGAAAGCCUUCCAGUGUCUCCCCAAUGUCUCUGCGGCUAUAGAAGAACUGUGCCAGCUGAAAGGCAUUGGACCCGCCACGGCCUCCGCUGUCCUGUGUGCCGGGGCCCCGGAAUCUGCGGCCUUCAUGGCAGACGAAGCUGUGGAGAGUGUGCCCGGUCUGGUACCCAUCCAGUACAACCUGAAACAUUACCUGAAAUACCUGGAGGAGAUCCGCAAGAAGGCCGAGACCUUGAACGCAGAUUCAGAGGAGAGGAAUUGGACCCCUCAUCGAGUGGAGCUGUGUCUGUGGGCAUGGAAAGUCGGACAGAAGUUGUGCCCUAAAGUCCUGGAGAACCUGGAAGAUGCAGAUGAAAGACCGGCGAAAAAACUAAAGACAAAGUAG